CCAGACCGCUUCGGCGAUGAAAUCUAUGAGCAGGCCAUCUGGUGGUGGUGAGAGUAGAAACACUGCAACGGCUAUUUACGCCGCCCUUACAUGCCAGUGAUGGGAACAGCUCCAAGUUUCUUCGUUUAAGAGUUCUAAAUUCCAACCAUAUCUCGCCUGAUCUUCCGGUCGCCGGCAUUCGUGUGUCACUCACUAGAUCUGGCUCUCCUAGCCCUAGAAAUCCUCUUUGGGGCAACAAUUAUGAAUUUCUUCAAGAAGAAAACCUCUGCUAAAGAUGCUCUCAGGACGAGCAAAAGGGAAAUGUCAGUUGCUACAAGAGGAAUUGAACGAGAGAUUACAUCCCUGCAAUUAGAGGAGAAGAAGCUGGUAGCAGAGAUAAAGAAGACAGCAAAAACAGGAAAUGAGGCUGCUACUAGGAUCUUAGCUCGUCAGCUAGUGCGAUUGAGACAGCAAAUCACUAAUUUGCAGGGUAGUCGAGCACAAAUAAGAGGUGUGGCAACUCAUACACAGGCAAUGCAUGCGAGUACCUCCAUUUCUGCCGGGAUGAAAGGCGCAAGCAAAGCAAUGGCAGCAAUGAACAAGGAGAUGAAACCAACAAAGCAGGUGAAAAUAAUGAAAGAAUUUCAGAAGCAGUCAACCCAAAUGGAUAUGACGCUUGAGAUGAUGUCAGAGGCAAUUGAUGAAACUUUGGACAAAGAUGAAGCAGAAGAGGAAACAGAGGAACUAACCAACCAAGUGCUUGAUGAGAUUGGCGUUGAUAUUGCAUCGCAGUUGUCAUCAGCUCCAAAAGGUCGCAUUGCGGCCAAUACCACGAAAGUUGAGAAAGCUCCAAGAACUGUAGCUCCUGUGAUGCCGGAUGUUAAUGACUUGGAGAAGAGGUUGGCAUCCUUGCGUCGCAUCUGACCUCUGAACAUUGAAUGAGUAAGCCUAGCCUCUUGUAUGUAAUAAAUCUUGGCUAAAUAGAAAGGUUCUUGUUGCUUAUUGAUUGAUAUACCUAUUGCAGUAUUAUUGUAUUCUUUUGGUUAGUAUAUGAAUUAUAUGUAUGCUAAAAACAUGAGUUACUCUAAUAAUAGUUUUAAAUUCUUGGUUAA